AAGGCGCGCGCGGCGCCCAGCGCCCGCAGAGCACCCGGCGGCGCCGACCCCCGCAGCAGAGCACGCGCCGAUCCCUGCUCCGAGGCGCCGCCGCGCUCCCGUGAGGACAUCGCUCGCCGGUGGCGGGAGCCGCUCGCCCGCUCUCCCUGCAGGUUGGUCAGAGGCGGAUGCUCGCCAUGGGGCCAGCCGCUGUUCUCGCCCUCAUCCUCCUGGCGGUCAACGGCCCGGAAGCCAAGCGCACGGCAGAGUCCAGGAGUGAUGAUAACAGCGUCUUUGAUCUCUUUGAACUCGCUGGCUUUUCUCGCAAGGCAGCUGGGCGCCGGGCACCUGGGGUGCACCUGGUGAAGGGGCCAGAGUCCUCCAGCCCUGCUUACCGCAUUGAAGAUGCCAGUCGCAUCCCUGCUGUCCCUGACUCCAAGUUCCAAGACUUGUUAGAUAUCAUCCAUGCUGAGAAGGGCUUCAUCCUUCUGGCCACUCUCCGGCAAGCCAAGAAGAGCAGAGGCACGCUGCUGGCUGUGGAACGGAAGGAUGGCUCUGGUCAUGUCUUCAGUCUAGUUUCAAAUGGCAAGGCAGGCACCUUGGACCUGAGUCUCUCCGGUGAUGGCAAGCAGCAGUUAGUGUCCGUAGAGGAUGCCUUGUUAGCUACAGGACAUUGGAAGAACAUCACCUUGUUUGUGGAAGAAGACCGGGCUCAGCUUUAUGUGGGGUGUGAGAAAAUGGAGAAUGCUGAACUGGACAUUCCCAUCCAAAACAUCUUCACCAGAGACCUGGCCAGCAGUGCCAGGCUCCGUAUUGCCAAAGGGGGAGUCAAUGACAACUUCCAGGGACUGUUGCAGAAUGUGCGGUUCGUGUUUGGAACGACUCUGGAAACUAUCCUGAGGAACAAAGGCUGCUCCAGCUCCACUAGUGCAAUCAUUACUUUGGACAACCCCAUGAAUGGUUCCAGCCCAGCUAUCCGCACUAAUUACAUUGGACAUAAAACAAAGGACAUUCAAGCAGUCUGUGGCUUUUCCUGUGAUGAAUUAACUAACAUGUUUGUGGAACUGCAAGGGCUACGGUCCAUGGUUACAACACUUCAAGACAGAGUUCGCAAAGUGACUGAAGAAAAUGAACUGAUUGCCAAAGUGGUCCAGAUCACUCCUGGAGUAUGCAUUCAUAAUGGGAUCUUGCACAAAAAUAAGGAAGAAUGGACUAUUGACAGCUGCACUAAAUGUACUUGCCAGAAUUCUGCCACUAUAUGCCGGAAAGUGUCUUGUCCUCUCAUGCCUUGUUCUAAUGCCACUGUGCCUGAUGGGGAGUGCUGUCCCCGAUGCUGGCCUAGCGACUAUGCAGAUGAUGGAUGGUCUCCUUGGUCUGAAUGGACUUCAUGUUCAGUGACAUGUGGGAAUGGGAUUCAGCAGAGAGGGCGUUCCUGUGACAGUCUCAACAACCGCUGCGAAGGGUCUUCUGUGCAGACUCGGACUUGCCACCUUCAGGAGUGUGAUAAGAGAUUUAAACAGGAUGGUGGCUGGAGCCACUGGUCACCAUGGUCAUCAUGUUCUGUCACUUGUGGCACGGGCAUGAUCACUAGAAUUCGCCUCUGCAACUCUCCAGUACCACAGCUGAAUGGCAAGCCUUGUGAGGGUGAGGCAAGAGAAACUAAGCCCUGCCAGAAAGAUCCUUGCCCAAUUAAUGGCAACUGGGGACCAUGGUCUCCAUGGGAUGCUUGCACAGUGACAUGUGGAGGAGGACUUCAGAAACGCAGCCGUCUCUGCAAUAAUCCUGAGCCUCAGUACGGUGGGAAGACCUGUGUAGGUGAGGCUAAAGGAACUCAGGUUUGCAACAAACAGGACUGUCCAGUUGAUGGGUGUCUGUCUAAUCCCUGCUUUGCGGGAACUGUGUGUACAAGCUCCCCUGAUGGUUCUUGGAAGUGUGGUGCCUGUCCUGCUGGCUACCAUGGUGAUGGUAUCCACUGCCAAGAUAUUGAUGAGUGCAAAGAAGUUCCUGAUGCCUGCUUUGUCUUCAAUGGAGUGCACAGGUGUGAGAAUACUGAACCCGGAUACAACUGUCUGCCUUGUCCACCACGUUUCACUGGGUCACAGCCAUUUGGUCGCAGUGUUGAGGAUGCCAUGGCAAACAAACAGGUCUGCAAGCCACGUAAUCCAUGCACAGAUGGAACACACGAUUGCAACAAGAAUGCCAAAUGCAACUAUCUUGGCCACUUCAGUGACCCAAUGUAUCGUUGUGAAUGUAAACCAGGCUAUGCUGGCAAUGGCAUAAUUUGCGGAGAAGAUACUGACUUGGAUGGAUGGCCAAAUGAGAACCUUGUCUGUGUUGCCAAUGCCACUUACCACUGUAAAAAAGAUAACUGCCCUAAUCUCCCCAACUCUGGGCAGGAAGACUAUGAUAAAGAUGGGAUUGGUGAUGCCUGUGAUAAUGACGAUGAUGACGAUGGUAUUCCUGAUGACCGGGACAACUGCCCAUUCAUCUACAACCCACAGCAGUAUGACUAUGACAGGGAUGAUGUUGGUGACCGUUGCGAUAACUGCCCCUACAAUCACAACCCUGAUCAGACUGACACUGACAACAAUGGAGAAGGAGAUGCAUGUGCAGUGGACAUUGAUGGAGAUGGGGUCCUCAAUGAAAGGGACAACUGCCAAUAUGUCUACAAUGUAGACCAGAGGGAUACAGACUUGGAUGGUGUUGGAGAUCAGUGUGACAACUGUCCACUGGAACAUAAUCCUGACCAGGAAGAUACUGACUCUGACCGUAUAGGUGAUGAGUGUGACAACAACCAGGACAUAGAUGAAGAUGGUCAUCAAAAUAAUCUUGAUAACUGCCCUUAUGUGCCCAAUGCCAAUCAAGCUGAUCAUGACAAGGAUGGAAAAGGUGAUGCUUGUGACCAUGAUGAUGACAAUGAUGGUAUUCCUGAUGACAAAGAUAACUGCAGAUUGGUUGCCAACCCAGAUCAAGCAGAUUCUGAUGGUGAUGGACGUGGAGAUGCUUGCAAAGAUGACUUUGACCAAGACAGUGUACCAGAUAUUGAUGACAUAUGCCCUGAAAACGUGGACAUCAGUGAGACUGACUUCCGAAGGUUUCAGAUGAUUCCCUUGGAUCCCAAAGGAACAUCCCAAAAUGAUCCAAACUGGGUUGUACGUCACCAGGGUAAAGAACUGGUUCAGACAGUCAACUGUGACCCUGGCCUUGCAGUUGGUUUUGAUGAAUUCAAUGCUGUGGACUUCAGUGGCACCUUCUUUAUCAAUACAGAAAGGGAUGAUGAUUAUGCUGGCUUUGUAUUUGGCUACCAAUCUAGCAGUCGUUUCUAUGUUGUCAUGUGGAAGCAGAUUACUCAGUCUUACUGGGACUCCACACCAACCAAAGCUCAAGGCUACUCAGGUCUCUCCAUCAAGGUUGUGAAUUCCACCACAGGUCCAGGAGAACACCUUCGUAAUGCUCUGUGGCACACAGGAAACACUCCUGGCCAGGUGAGAACUUUGUGGCAUGACCCUCGUCACAUAGGCUGGAAAGACUUCACUGCAUACAGAUGGCGCCUUAGCCAUAGACCAAAGACUGGCUUCAUCAGAGUUGUAAUGUAUGAGGGGAAGAAAAUCAUGGCCGACUCAGGACCAAUCUAUGAUAAAACCUAUGCUGGGGGUCGUCUAGGAUUAUUUGUCUUCUCUCAAGAAAUGGUGUUCUUCUCAGAUCUUAAAUAUGAAUGCAGAGAUCCAUAAUCCCAAGGUUACUGGAUUCAGAGACUAUUUUAAAAUGCUGGUAUUGCACCUUCUGAAACAUUUAGCCUUACAAAUCCUGGGACCAUUAUAUUAUUCCUUCCUUUCUUCCUCCUGCAUAAAUGUGGACUCGAAACAUUACCUGCCUCAAGAGAAUGGUUUUGAGAGAAUAGAAGUGAGAACAUACUUGCAUCUGACCUCUGAAAUGGAAGGAAACAAAUGUCUUGCAAAUAAGAAUUGUCUUCACUGAAAAAGCACACUUCUUUCAGUCAGAAAGACAUUUGUUUGUUUAUCACAGUGCAUUGUCACUGCCUCUAACUGGAGGUCCCAUGGAGUAGCAUUUUGUAAAAAGAACAUCUCUGGAUGUGCUGUGGACUACUUAAACUGAAGACCUUUCAUUGUGUGGGGGAAAGGGGUUUUGGGUGGGAGGGUGAACUCUCAAAUCUUUUCUUUAUGGGGGGUGGAGGUUUUUUUUAAUGGGGGUCUCUGCUACCUUGGUUUACAUCCAUUUAAUUUGCAGAAAUUAUCCUUUUGUAUGUUGCAUCUUUCAGAUGAAAAUAGCCCUUGACUUUUUUGUGGUGAACUAGAUCAGCUGCUCUAUAACACAGGACAAAAGAGAUAUCCCAGAACUGCUCUCCAUGAAGGGAGGGGAAGGAGGAUGCAAUUGGCACACUGGAUCACACCAGCUUUGGGAGAACUGGGAUUUACAAUAAGAUUCUGUUUCCUGGUUAGAUGCAGACCUUUCUUACCUUUUUAAAUGUUUUCUUUCACCUGUGGUGUGAGAACGCCACCAUCUCAACUAGCACUGUGCUGUCCUUCAGGAAGAAACCAGCAUGUGCUUCAUAUUUUAUGGUUAGCUUCAUAUUUUAUGGUUAAAAAGGCACAAAAUAGAACAGUAAUAAAAACAUUCCUUUUCUACAUGCCAUAGAUGCUUUAAGCCCCUCGCUUCAGAGGGGAGGGGAAGGGGCCUGUAGAUAAAAUACUGAAAUUGUAAAAUAUUUAUUUUUAACUAUCCUUGAUAUUAUAAUGACUGAUGGAUUAUUGAUUUAAAAAAAAUGCAUCAAGACUAUCCACCAUUAUUACAAGUCUUCACGACUGUAGGAUUGUAAAUACAGAUUAUUUAUUAACUCUGUUCUAUAGUGAAACUAGAGGGUUUUUCGUUAAGCGAAAUCUUGUCGGGAGCAGAUACUGGUAAUGUAUUAGUUACAAAGAGCAAUUUUCCCAUAAUGGCUUUGAGGCACAGGGAAAAGCAGCAGGGUGGGGAAUGGAAUGUUUGUUUUUUCUCAGUCUGAGCUCAGCAUUGGCUUUUCCUUUCUUUGUGCAAGGCAGUUGGUUGCCUGGCAGGCAACUGUUCUGCAGUAUUAAAACUCAAGUCCUUCUAGAUGGUAGCAGUUCCUGUCUCAUCCAUCGAGCUAGGGCUGAGGGAAUGGCAUUUAGCAUUAUAGCAAUUUAGUGCUGUGAAAGGUCAGCUGUGUUUUACCACUGGUCAGCAGGACUGACUUUCAAGCAGAACUGGCCCAGAGGAGAUCACAGAAAGAGACAGCAACCAUCCAGUCUUGCUGUUUGUGUCACUGCACACAAAUUCUUGAAACUAGCACUGCGCAGCUACGAAGGAAGGAAUUCUUCACAGCCUAGACAGAAUUUCAGGAGCUCCUUGCAAAAAAGGGAGAGGGCUUGAUGUACAUGAACAGAAGACUCAUUUCCCCAAUAGAAGGGGCAGCAUUCUUACACCUAUAUGAUUUCCUUGUCUUUUCAAAAAAGGAAAAGAAACACAGUGAAAGUUUUACGUACAAAUAUUACCUCAUUAUUGUAUGACUGAGAAAAACCUUUGGAUUAAGCAGAGUUCAAAUGUCUAACAAACUUUAAAGCUACUGUAGUACUGAAGAGUUAAUGCUGUACAUAGUCAAAAAUUCGUUGCGGAAAAGUAUAUUCCCAGUAAGGAAAUAGCAUUGGAAAAAAAUGUUAAAUACAAUUUCUAAUAUUGUGUUAUAUUUUUAUUGUCAUCUUGUAUACCAUUGCUUGUGUUUUUAUAAAUUAUUUUUGUCAUUGCCAUUGUAAUAGUUAAUCACAUAACUGUGUAGAUAUGCUAUUUAAAUAAUUUAUCAUGAAAUGCUACCUGUAGAGUUAGUAUUUCUAUUUUUAUAAAAUAUUUGCACACUGAACUGAAGUUUUUUGCUUCCUUCUUCCCAAUGUUUUUUCUAGUGUUAUUUUCUAAGAACCUGCUUUUUUGUAAACAUUUUUAACCAUUUUCCAUUUUAAAGUUGUGUAAGAUGUACAAUAAAACUUCUUACAGAGGACAAUAAACCACCAUGGACAUAUAUAUUUA